AUGGGGUCUUGUGCACCUCAAAUGCCUGCGCGAGCUUCGAGCGACCCCUACUUUGACCUAGGAACAUUGAGUCGCAAAGUCAGUACCAGUUCCCAAGAUGCUCAAAUAUGGUUUGACCGGGCGCUUGUGUGGACUUAUUGCUUCAAUCAUGAUGAAGCGAUUACCUGUUACAAGCAAGCAAUUGCCCACGACGAGGAUUGCGCGAUGGCGUAUUGGGGCGUAUCCUUCUGCGCUGGUUCCAACUACAACAAAACAUGGGCACUGUUUGACGAGAGGGAUCGACUCAAUGCAAUCAGUCAAUGUUAUAUAUUCUCCCAAGAAGCCCUGAGGCGGGCAGAGAAUGCGUCAGAAUGGGAGCAGGCGAUCAUCAAUGCCCAUGCGAAACGGUACCCCAACGAUGAUCCGAGCAGGGAUCUUUCCGCAUGUAGCCGAGCAUAUGCCGAUUCUAUGAGAGAGGUGUAUCAGAAGUUCGGUCAUGAAGACUUUGAUAUCAUCACACUCUUCGCCGACGCAUUGAUGAAUUGUGCCCCACGAAAGUUAUACGAUGCCUCCACGGGGCUUCCGAUAGCGUCUUCGCCGGUAUUUGAAGUGAAGGAGUUGCUUGAUAAUACUCUGAAAAUCCCUGGAGUUGAGCUACACCCAGGACCUGCCCAUAUGUACAUCCAUCUGAUGGAAAUGUCCGCAACCCCGGAGGCUGCUCUGCCUGCAGCAGAGAUGAUCCGUGAAAUGUUUCCCGAUACCGGUCACACCUUCCACAUGCCCGCUCAUAUUGACGUUCUUGUGGGCGACUAUCGCCGUGCAGUGGAAUACAAUUAUAAGGCGACCGUCGCAGACGAUAAAUACUUUCGACUGAAUGGUGGCCUGACAUUUUACAGCUACUAUCGCAUGCACGACUAUCACUCUCUUAUCUACGCUGCGAUGCUCGGCGGAAAAUCAAAAGCGGCAUUAUCGGCAACGGAUCGAAUGGAAGCAACUAUCACGGAAGAGAUUCUUCGGGUCGAAACGCCUGCACUGGCGAAUUGGAUGGAGUUUUUCAAAGCCGUCAGAGUUCACGUCCUCAUUCGUUUCGGGAUGUGGGAAGAACUCAAGACGCUCGAACCACUCGAAGAUAAAGAUCUUUAUUGUGUCACCAAUGUGAUGAGGCACUAUGGCAAAGGUAUCGCAUACGCGGCUACAGCGCAGCUUGAGGAAGCCGAUAAAGAGCGAGAGCUUUUCAAAGAGGCAUCUAAGCUUGUUCCUCCUACACGCCUCGAUUUCCCCAAUAAGAUCACCGACAUUCUCAAAGUCGCAUCUGCUAUGCUGGAUGGAGAGAUCGAAUACAGACGGGGCGAUUAUGAGACUGCAUUCCGCCGAUUACAGGAUGCAAUUACGCUAGAGGACGAGCUGCCUUUUGCAGAGCCGUGGGGAUGGAUGCUUCCAGCACGACAUGCAUUUGCAGCUCUUUCUUUGGAACAGGGUAAGGUUGAGCAGGCUGCCCAAGCCUAUGCUGAAGAUCUAGGGCUCUACCCCACGCCCAAACGGGCUCAUCAACAUCCGAACAACGUCUGGGCUCUUCAUGGCUACCACGAGUGUCUUCAGCUCUUGGACCGUCAUGCGGAAGCAAACAUAAUCAAAAAGCAGCUUUCCCUUGCUUUGGUGGAGGCAGAUGUUGAAAUCACAUCUUCGUGCUUUUGUAGGCUUGGGAAUCUGCCUUCGGGUACUGGGAAGCGGAAGCUGAAUGGCUGCCACAGUGUGAAGUCGGAGUGCAAAUGCUAG